AACACAGGAAGUUGAAUUCAUCAGCUGAUCCUGCUGGCUGUUGUUGAUGCCUGAAGUUGCUGUUGUUUGGACACUGUGUUGCUCUUAUCUGCUGCUGACAUUGAAGACACAUUAAACCCGACCGAGGGACACGGUGGGCAUUUACCGACUGACGAGCUUAUGAGUUACAAGACAAGCGUCUCACAGUGAGGACUUUGAAUUUGCGCACUAGCGGCAGAAGAGCUAGCUCCAAAGCUUGAACCUUUGGUGAAAGAAAAGACAGCAAAAAAAAAAACUGCCGACGGCUUGGCGUGCUGCCUUUUGUUUAUCUCGCGCUAGUCUGAACCGCGAUAUUAAUUUUCUUUGUCUUGAAUUUAGUUUUUUUUCUGCACAUACGUUAUUUAUAUUUGUACUUUAUUACCAGUACGCGGAGGGUCAGCUAGCUCGUCGGCUAACGUUAGCCCAUAGCGCAAAAAAACAACUGUCUUGUUGUCAAGCUUUGAUGCUUUCGUAACCGCCCAGCAGUGUCAGAUAACGAUAGCUAACCGUGAGAAUAGUCGUGCCUCUAGUUUUUAAGUGCUUGCCACUGGAUCAGGUGCUUCGUUGAAGACGCAGGACAGCACUGCAACCGAACAAGUCCAUGUUAAAUCGGAGCCUGCUGGAGAUGUGUGUGUCUGUUGAACGCGUCUGACUUAUCGGUUUGUUUAUUCCUGACUUCGAGCCAAGUGAACUCAGUUUUUUUUUCUUCUUCUUCUUAUCCGUAUCGAUUUGAAACCACACAAACAAGUAAUAGGUUAACUGACAGCUGGCCUGGUACGUUUUAGGUUGCGUAAUUUGUGUGCAAAGCUGUCCGUCUUUGCUGGGGAACUUGUUAAACUGUUAUUUUAAACGUAUGUAUCUCUGUAAGCAUUAGGUGUUCAGCCACAGGUGGCUCUGUGGAUGUCAUUUUGACUAUUCAUAUAUGACGUGAGAAGGCGGCGACCUUUUACAGAUUUUAGAUUGAGUAGCUGUUUGAUGCUCACACUCAGAAAAACAAGUAGAUAAGAGUUAUGAAUUAAAGUAGCCUUCUGAAACUAUUGUGAGACUGUGCUGUGAUCAGGGAAAGACAGGCGAAGAGAAAGGGUCCCUCAGAGGGUCCCCCUUGUGUGUUGAGGUGAGGUGAGCUGCCCCCCCACCCCCCCACACACAAACACACACUACUUGCCAAUGCUGGAUCUGGAAGUGGUGCCUGAGAGAUCACUAGGAAAUGAGCAAUGGGAAUUCGCCUUAGGGAUGCCAUUGGCCCAGGCCAUCUCUAUUCUGCAGAAACACUGCCGCAUUAUUAAAAAUGUCCAGGUGCUAUACAGUGAACAGACGCCACUCAGCCAUGACCUCAUACUGAACUUGACUCAGGAUGGGAUUAAACUGCUGUUUGAUGCCACAAGUCAGAGACUCAAGGUGAUUGAAGUGUAUGACCUGAGCAAAGUCAAGUUGAAAUACUGUCCUUUUCAACUUUCAGUUUUUUUUUUUUUGUGGUGUUUUUUCGCCAUUGCCCCCACGAUAGAGCAAAUAGACCAGUCAUUCGGAGCUACGCAUCCUGGAGUUUACAAUGCUGCCGAGCAGUUGUUCCAUCUCAACUUUCGCGGCCUGUCCUUCUCCUUCCAACUGGACUCAUGGAAUGAAGCUCCAAAAUACGAGCCUAACUUUGCCAUGGGUUUGGCCUCCCUGCAGAUUCCACACGGGGCCAUGGUCAAGAGGAUGCACAUCUACACUGGCAACAACCUGCAAGAAACAAGAGCUCCGGCGAUGCCGUUGGCUUGUUUCCUUGGUAACAUCUUUGCAGAGUGUGUGGAUGUCCUGAGAGAUCUGGCAGGGCCUCUGGGGCUCAAACUCCGCCUUCUCACUGCAGGCUGCGGUCCGGGUGGGAUGGCUGACGGUAAAGUGAGGUCCCUAGAACGGAGCAUCUACUUUGGAGAUUCUUGUCAGGAUGUACUGGGUGCUCUGGGCUCGCCACAUAAAGUCUUCUACAAGUCUGAGGACAAGAUGAAGAUCCACUCUCCAUCUCCUCACAAGCAGGUUCCCUCCAAAUGUAACGACUACUACUUCAACUACUUCACCCUCGGAGUGGAUAUCCUGUUUGACUCUACAACUCACCUGGUUAAGAAGUUUGUCCUCCAUACCAACUACCCCGGACAUUACAACUUCAAUAUAUAUCAUCGCUGUGACUUUAAGAUUCCACUUGUCAUUAAGAAAGAUGGAGCUGAUUCUCAGACGGAGGACUGCAUCUUAACCACCAACAGCAAGUGGGAUCAGAUUCAGGAAAUGCUCGGUCACCCGAUGGAAAAACCAGUCGUGCUCCACAGGUCCUCGUCAGCCAAUAACACCAACCCCUUCGGCUCUACCUUCUGCUUUGGACUGCAGAGGAUGAUCUUUGAGGUGAUGCAGAAUAACCACAUAGCAUCAGUGACCCUCUAUGGUGCUCCACGGACCGCUAGCCAAGCCCGACCUGAAUCCAGCAGUAGUUCCCACUGAACAAGUCACCAGAACCACAUCUCAUUCUGGCCUGUCCUGAAUCUAGCACCUCUGCUGACUGAACCUCUAACCCAGAGCCAGAUUCGUAACCAAGCAGACCUACCAAGUCACCAACAAAGUCAUUCAUACCCAGCGCAGAUGCUACUCAUCGAACCCGAAACGCAACCAGAAUAACCAAGUCCGACCUGGCGUUAAUCACCCUUUUUUUUUUUUCCCUGGUGGGUGGUCCUAAGACUUUGCUCUUCUGAUCGGACACACCCAGUCGGCACGGUCAACCCGACCCAGACUAGCUCAGGGUCGAGUGACGCGGUCGCAGUGCUGGACCACUGAUGCUUUGAAAAUGAAACCAAUCCAAACGACGUCUUGGUUGCGCGGGAAUAUCGCAGCGGUGCUGCGAACUGACGUGGUGAAGAAGUCGUGCUCAACUAGAGCUCUCCUGUUUCCAUCCAGUGACUGAAUUAGCCCAGGACCACAGAAGAAGAGCUUGUCCAGACUGUAGUUUGGAUGCCAUGGUUCCACCAGUAAGGUGUCAUGGCAGCCUGUAUAUGACAAUAACCUCCAUUUACAUUUUGUGGUGAAAUGAUUCAGCAUUUAAUUAUCAUCGUGCAAAAGAAAAAUCUCUUACGGAAAACUGCGGUGGCCAAAAGUCUUGAAAACAAAACUCUUGCUCGAACCCACUGAAUAAACGCCAAGCAUCAACCGCACUGCCAGCCCAACCGGUACCGCCUGUCUUCCUGCCGCGACUUCAGAACCAGGCCCGACUGGCUCAAUGGAAAGCCGGACGCAUUAAAAACCGCAAGAACCAAGCCCGCCCGUCCCAAUCAAGAGCCAUCGGAGCCCAAAACGCAUCGGAAGCUGCAGGAAAAAAAACGACGACGUGAGAAUCCAGAUUUUUUUUCGUACGAGUGAAGAACCAAACGCGCUCAGGGUUUGGAGAGACGUGGCCCAAAAACGCAUCCCACGACGGGCCGGGUGAGCCCCGAUGUGAAGCCUCUCAAAGCAGAACGACCCAAACGAGGUCAGCGUUAUUGUCUCCCUCGUCCAGCUUCCUACUCACGAUUCCUCCCCGCUUUUAUCAGCGAUGCCCACAAACAACACACAGACACACACACACACACUCAAGCACAGAGCAGCAAACACCCCAUUAACCCACAGCUGUUGUUAUUCGCAGCUCUGGGAGUUGGCGUGUCCCGUCUCCUUGCUCACACACACACACACACACACACACACACACACACACACGCACACACGCAAACACUGUUUUUUCAAAUUGACAUUUCAACAGACUUGAAUUCAAACACACACACCGCAUUUCAGUUCCCACUCAACUACUAUUCUCACACGUAUUUCUAAUACAUGUAAGCUGGUUUAUAUUUUUUAGCCUUUUUAAGCACAAACAAAACAAAACAUGGAGACAUGCAGGCAUGACACAAGGAUUUGCAUGAACUUGGCAGAUGCUUUUUGAAUGAGAGGAAACUUAUUAUAAGCACAAACCGGCAAUCCGUCUUGUUUUAUUUGAUCCUGCAUGUUGUGAGGGGCAGAGGCUCGUUUUAUUUCUCUCUGCCCUGAUUCCCUCAUUCACACCAUGACCAUUUUCAUUGUGUUCUCUUGUUACAUUUGCACUAAUGCACACCUUUUUACUUGAUUGGUUGAUUGUGCCCUAUCCUCCGUGAUAGCUUUGUGAAGACAUUUGGAGGGGUGUGUGUGCGUGUGUGUGUGCGUGCGUGUGCGUGCACUCUUCUCCCUCUUCCUUCAUCUCUACACGUGUUCGAUGCAUUGCAAUUCAUCCCUCAGCAAUGUCUGCAUUUUAUUUCUUUUGUUGAAUUGCCAAAUGCUCCAGCCAAAGACAUUUCAGGAUGAUUUCAUUUGAUCUGCUCACACUGUAGUCUCCUGUCCGCACCUGUCCCAAAGGAGAGAGAGAGAGAGAGCUGCGUGUCGGCCGCCUCCCUUCUCUCGCGUGUGCCGCGGUAACGACUCUAAAUUCAGCUCCUGGUGUCUGUAAACCCCGACAGUAAUUGCACGACAUGAAUAGCUGACUCACGCGUGUGUUUUUUGAAACACAAUCGGCCUGUCUUUCAUCUGGAUUUGGUCACUGCCAGAGACCCAUUAACAAUAGCAACAACUAGCACCGUUGUUAUUGUUGUCAGAGAGCUGUAAUUUAAAGAAUUACCGUUAUUCCUCUGUGAUUUCAGUACAUGUGAACCCAUUUAGGAAAUGGGGAAGAACAUCAGUCAUUCCUUCAUCCUAACAUUUGUUUCCCUUCCCAAUGUCUGAAUUUAAAAUCUUUUUAAUUCUAAGUAUUUCAAUAAACUGUGUAUUCAUGUUAA